AUGGCGCUGGUUCUGGACGCCGCUGCUCACUGCAUGGGGGCCUAUUACUGCCUCAUACGCACCCGCUUCAAGAGGCGGCGCAAGAAACGCUCCGAGCGCAAAGAGGACAAAGACUCGAAAAUAGCAUUCCUUCAGAAGGCCAUUGAUGUGGUGAUGCUAGUCAGCGGAGAGCCCUUGGCUGCUAAACCUGCUCGGAUCGUAGCCGGACACGAACCAGAGAAGACCAAUGAGCUGCUGCAGGUCAUUGCUAAGUGCUGUCUCAACAAGCUCUCUAGUGAUGAAGCUGUUAAGCGUGUGUUAGUGGGAGACAAACUGGAUCAGAAGGGCAAGCCCAGUACCUCCAGAUCCCAGGACAAGGAGAACAGAGAGGGCAGAGAGCACCACCGAGACAGAGAGGAGAGGAAGGGCAUCAAGGAGAGCAGUGGAAGUCGAGAACAGAAAGAUCCAGAUCAACCCAAAGAUCAAGAGAGCAAGAGGGACGACAAGGACCGCAGACGAGAUGCUGAGAGAUCUGACAAAGGCCGGGAAAGAGAGCGAACAAAAGACAGAGAUCGAGACAAGGACAAGAGCCGGGAUCGGGAGAAAGACAAGACUCGAGAAAAGGAGCGGGAACGAGAGAAGGAUCGUAACAGAGAGAAGGAGAGAGAGCGGGAUAAAGAUCGAGAUAAGAAGAAGGAGAGGGAAUCUCACAAAGACAGAGAACGGGACAAAGAUCGCGAGAAACGGCGAGAGAAAGAGAAAGAAAGACCCAGAGAGACUGAGGAGAAGCUAAAGGACAGAGGCGACAGAAAGAUUAAGGCAACAGAGGAGAUCAGCAAAUCAAAACCUCACCCGGAGGUUGCAAGUAAAACACACCAAGCUGAAACAGAAGAGGCUGAGAGUCCUUCCCGGAUCCCAAGGCCUUCAUCGGCUAAAGGACAGCGGCGGAAGCCCAAAACGGGAGGUCAAGGUACUGAACAGGACGAGACAGAGAGUGAAGGAGAAGCUGAAGCUCCUUCAGCAGAGAAACCAAUUCCUCUUGAGAAUGGAGACGCUACAGAAUCUGCUGCUCUGCAAACAACACACAGUAGAAGAUUACCGCGGCCCAGCAGUGCUCGACCGGCAGCUCCUCGUGUGAAGAGACAGGAGAGCUACACUGAUGCCACUCCAGCAGAGAGGCUUGGCAGUGGCAAGACCCCUUCAUCGGUCAUUCUGGAUGGCAAGAAGCUCUCUGAAGAUGAGGAUGAUGACGAUGGGCAGUUUGUGGUGGAGGAGGCAGCUCCACCUCCGUCUGAUGUACCUGAAGUAGAGACUAAUUCACUUGAGUUACAAGGGGAUGACAAACAUGGUGGACUUGUGAAAAAAAUCCUGGAGACAAAGAAAGACUAUGAAUCAUCUCCAUCCUCAAAGUCAAAAGAGCAGGACCGGUCGCUGGUGUCGGAGGCGUCUCGUAAGAAGGAGCGUGAACUGGUGGCGAAGGAGAUUGAGCGUCUGCGUUCCUCCAUACAGACUGUGUGCCGCAGCGCUUUGCCACUGGGAAAGAUCAUGGACUACAUUCAGGAGGAUAUGGACUCCAUGCAGAACGAACUGCAGAGCUGGCGCAAAGAGAACAAGGAGAAUGCACAAGCUCUUCUGCAGGAACAGAGAAUCACAGACGGUGUAGUGGAGCCUCUGAAAGUGGAGCUCGCCGAACUGGAGCAGUUAAUCAAAGACCAACAGGACAAGAUCUGCGCAGUCAAGUCCAACAUCCUGAAGAACGAGGAGAAGAUCCAGAAGAUGGUGUCUAGCAUCAGCUUCUCCUCGCAAACGUGAACACAGACACUUCCCCAAUGAAAGCUGAAGCACUGAGCUCCUGUUAAUAGACCUGGAGAGACGGAAGAAGGUUACAGGUACAGUCAGGAGUCAAACCUCCACCAAAACCCUUCAUGUAAGGUGCCUUCUGUAAGACCGGGAGAUCUGUUUGCGCUGGCCCAAACUCACGUCUGCAGUAGAUUUGCACUCGUCACUUGCUUGAGAGAUAAAUGUGUGUGUGGUCACUAUCCACAGUUUCCUGUAUUUUAUUUUUUUAAUAUGACUCAUUUGAUCUCCAUGUUUUCUUAAGAAAGAGGGAGAGAGAUUAUGUAAGUAUAAGUAUAUACAGACAUGGAAAAAAAUUACGAGACAACUUGACAAUUAUCAUCAGUAGAUUUAUUGCUAUGGGUUUGAAUAAAAUGGUCAUAUUUGUGUAAUAUUUAAAGGUCUGAUUAUCUGUUCUUCUAAAUUUCAAAUAAAAACACUGACAUUUAGAGCUAUAUAAAGUUUUUUUUUCCACAAAAUGAAAGGUGGUCAAAAUAACAGAUCUAUUAAACGAUUUAUUGUGAUUGAGAGUCAGGGUUAUUCCACCAAAUUCCUCAAAAUCUCUUCUCU